AAACACGCACACACGCACAAACUCACAUCAUCGACACGUAUCAACACAAGCAUGCACAAGCAUUUUGUAUUUUAAAAUAAUAAUCAUAAUAUAAUGUAUGCCUUAUAUGUAGGCAUACAGAUUAAGCAUAUCUGUUAUAUAACACAGUGCUUCUGUCCUUGCUAAAUCAAACUGCAUUCCUACAAGAUGCAGUGAAAGGAGAGAUUCUUAAUUUUCAACCUGGACCCUUUUUUUCGAUUCAUGAUUGGUUUCAGGGACAAAUCCAGACAACAAUGUUUUCAAUUGUUCCACGGGGCGUAAUCCUUUAGGGCAUUAGCGCCCGGUCAAUGUACGUCCUCUAAAAGUGCUGCCUCAAGACUACCCCUUGAGAGAGACUUGUGAUUGAAGGAAAGGUGAAGAACCAAGUUUUAUUUCUCUGCAGGGAUCCUUUAGAUAAGAAUACUGGACCAAUCUAAAAGGUCAUUGUCUGCAUUAGUCCCUUGGACCCAAAAUAUAUAUUUUUUUUUAAUAUGCAACAAAACACCAUUUCUGACUGCUAUUUAAAUGUCAAACAAAAUUCGGAAAUGGAAUAUGACAACUUUGCUUUGGUGCUUUGGUUUAUAGAAGACUCAGGCACUUAAUAAAAAAUGUUUUGCCGAAAUACAAUUAAAAGAAUAACAAAGGUUUCGGGUUUUAUGACAAUCUGUCUGGUUGCCGCUCUUUUCUAAAAUCUUCAAACUAUCAUCAUUGUGGUGGUGCACUUCUAUUAAACCUUCAUUACGUUUAAAUUAGGCUUAUCUAAUCAUAAAAUAAAUCAUAAAUAAUCAAGCUGUUGAGAACUCCAAAAAUGAUGUUGGCAAUAACAGUAAUUCAAUUUAAUUAACAAAGAAUAAUAUGUUGUCUAUACAGUAGAUAAAGCUAGACAUUCAUGUCCAGUGUUGAAAAUAUGAAACAAAGUUAUCAUUCCAUGCAUUCGCAUCUCAAGUUGCAUACAACUCUCAAUGUAAACGAAGAUUAGGGACCGACCCAAUCAAGCGUGGCGACAUUUAUUUGCGCUCGCGUAAGUGUGACAGAAACCGCCGCGAAAAAGCUUCUGCCCUGUUUGCCAACAUGGUGGAUAAAGACAUGCUACCUAUAAUUACACUAGAGAUUAGGGGAUUUCAAGAAUGAAUGGAAUACAAAGAGCCAGAUUAAUACCAGAAUAAACCUGAUCUUUCUCCCUUGUAGUAAUAUUUUUGGCGUUUAAGACAUGAUGUGAUUACUUGCCUAUAAUCCAUGGCUGCCUUUAUGAAUGUCGACACGCAUCGAAUAAUCAAUUAUUCCUUCUUAUUACACGGCUCUUCUCAAUGACGUGGAACGCUCCGUUCACUUCCAGGGGCCCUUCACAACUUCCGGCGGGGAAUUAUAUUUGAUAAUUCACCGUUGAUAAGUAUAAUUGACAGCUGUCAGGGAAAAUAGAAGAUUUUUUGCCUCUAAUGACGUCCUUGAUAUUACUCCGCAAGUAAUCCGGUAACUUAUCAACCCCAGUGUCUUCGGGUGCUAAGCGACGUCAAUGUCUUUGGCGGACUAUUUUUCUGCUGAUCAACACUAUGCUGGUAACAAAUAAAUUGUAAAAAGACACAACAUGUGAAGUUAUUUUUUUGUUUUGGCAAGUAGCCGUGUAAUAAGCGGGAUAAUGUAUAGAACGUCGCCGGUCAUGCAGCUCUGACCAGUGCUGAACGUUGUAGCUGGGUGCUGUCUGAUGGUGGUGACCUUGUGGAAUAACGUGUAUUUAAUAUUUUGGGAACCGGUUGGCUUGCCACUCUUCUGCAUUUUUUUCUGCGGAAAUGUUAUUGCAAAAUGUGUCCACAGUGGUGAAAUACUUUACAUACUUGGCUUGGGCGCAGGAAGAGCUCAAGUGCGUCAACAUAAAAGCAAGGCAAUUCAUCCGCUAGAAUUUCAUCAUCAGAAGUGUGUGUGUGUGCGUGUGCGUGUGCGUGUGCGUGCGUGCGUGCGUGCGUGCGUGCGUGCGUGCGUGCGUGCGUGCGUGCGUGCGAGCGAGAUAACUGUCAUGUUUAUUGAGUGAAUGUCUGCUCUUUAGUUUUUUUUUUUGUAAGUUUGGGAUGUGCAUUCAGUCAUUGUGUCUGUGUUUACAUUUACGUAUAAUGAGUGUGCGCACGUUAAAGUAGCCACAGGGAGCCGGGUGGGUCACAGCACAUGGAGCUAACUGGGGGGAGGUGUGUGUGUGUGUGUGUGUGUGUGUGUGUGUGUGUGUGUGUGUGUGUGUGUGUGUGUGUGUGUGUGUGUGUGUGUGUGUGUGUGUGUGUGUGUGUGUGUGUGUGUGUGUGUGUGUGUGGAAUGUGGAACCCCUGGCAGGACCCAUAGCUGCCUGGCCAUGUGUUUACAGGAGCACAUUUAGGCAGGAAAUGAGCAAGACACACACACACACACACACACACACACACACACACACAGCCUGGAGCCAGUGAACAUAGUAGCAGAACAGGGCGGGAGAGAGACAACACACAUUCUCCUCCCUUCGUGAAAUAACCUCCCAAAGGGAAAACCCUAGCACUGGCCAACUCUGCUUUCAUGGACCUCUGUGAACUUUUGAGGACUGAACGACGGACGCUCUAGACUCGAAAGCUCUUUGGAGCAGAACAGGAGUACUACCACUAAUCAUUCUUUGGAUAAUAACAAUAACAGGCUGGCUGCUCCAUGUACCGCCAAAGGAAAGACGCCUCCUGGAUCCUCUAAUGCUGUUCUUCCUGGUCAGUGUGGAUUGUGCUGCCAACUCUUUAUUCUUUUUGCUCGAUAUUCACUGGAUUUACCGACACGUAUUCUUUGUCUGGAGUUGUUUAAUGUUGUCAAGAAGGAACUGGGAAGUUUUGGCAGACAGUUUGGUGGGAGACGAGGCUGUGAAUGCAUCACUUUGGAACCGUCAGAAAUGAUUGUGGUGGAUAACGGCAGCGAGGGGGACGAAGGGGCCCUGCACAGGGACGGCUCCCAGAGGACAUCCCGGCGGCGCUUCAGGAGGGUCAACCCCAGGGGAGAGCGGGAACUCAUCACAGACGGACAGGAGCCAGCCCCGUGCUACAACACGCUUCCAGCGGACCUGAAUAAGAUGCACCUGACCGACCACGCCCACCAGCAGGUGAUGCAUGUGCCACCCAGCCAAUCAGGAUGCAGCAUUGCUAGCGACUCAGGGAGCAGCAGCCUAUCAGAUUUAUAUCAGGCCACGGAGAGUGAGGUGGGGGACGUGGACCUGUCAGGCCUGCCAGAGGCUGCAGUGGACAGUGAGGAGGAGGAGGAGGAGGAUGAAGACCUGGAGAGGUCCUCAGACGCCCUGCUGGGCCGCGACCUGGUCCGCGAGUGCCUGGAGAAAGAGCCGGCCGACCGCAACGACGAUGACAUCGAGCAGCUGCUGGAGUUCAUGCACCAGCUCCCGGCCUUCGCCAACAUGACCAUGUCGGUGCGCCGGGACCUCUGCGGGGUCAUGGUGUUUGAGGUGGUGGAGCAGGACGGCACCAUCGUGCUGCAGGACAAGCAGGAGCUGGACCUGUGGUACGUGAUCCUGAACGGAACAGUGGAGAUCAGCCACACGGAGGCCCGGGUGGAGACGCUCUGCAUGGGCAACAGCUUCGGCCUGUCGCCUUCGCUGGACAAGCAGUACAUGAGCGGGGAGGUGCGCACCAAGGGAGACGACUGCCAGUUUGUGUGCGUGGCUCAGGAGGACUACUGGCGCAUCCUCAACCACGUGGAGAAGAACACGCACAAGGUGGAGGAGGAGGGCGAGAUCGUCAUGGUGAAGGAGCACCGCGAGCUAGACCGCAGCGGCACGCGGAAGGGGCACAUCGUCAUCAAGGGGACCCCCGAGCGUCUGAUCAUGCACCUGGUGGAGGAGCCGUCUGUGGUGGACCCCACCUACAUCGAGGACUUCCUGUUGACCUAUCGCACCUUCCUGUCCAGCCCUAUGGAGGUCGGCAAGAAGCUGCUGGAGUGGUUCAUGGUCGACACCCUCCGAGACACGGUGACCAGAAUCGUACUGCUCUGGGUCAACAAUCACUUCAAUGACUUUGAGGGCGCCCCGGCCAUGACCCGCUUCCUGGAGGAGUUUGAAAAACACCUAGAAGAGACGAAGAUGAAGGGCCACCUGCGGCUGCUGAACAUCGCGUGUGCCGCCAAGGCCAAGUGUAGGCAGAUCACCCUCCAGAAGGCGUCCAGGGAGGCCUCGCUCUCCUUCAGCCUGCACGGGGGCAGCGAGAGGGGCUUCGGCAUCUUCGUGGAGUCUGUGGAUAUCGGUAGCAAGGCGGCCGAGGCCGGACUGAAGCGGGGUGACCAGAUCAUGGAGAUAAACGGUCAGAACUUUGAGAACAUCUCCUACACCAACGCCGUGGACAUCUUGAGGAACAACACCCACCUCUCCAUCACCGCCAAGACCAACAUAUUCGUCUUCAAGGAGCUGCUGAGCAGGAUCGUGCACGAGAAGCAGAACGGGGCGCCGCACAUCCCCAAGAUCCACGAGAAGAAGGGCAACCGCUUCUCCAUCUCCAACCUGCCGGGCGACAUGGAGUUCCCCAGCGACCACAAGAGCACCAGGAAGAUGAAGGCCAACACCGUGUCGGGGGGCCGCAACAAGAUCCGCAAGAUGCUGGAGAAGACGCGCUUCAGCAUACUGCCCCCCAAGCCCUUCAGUGACGGCGGCGUGGGCCAGUCCCAGGACGACAGCAUCGUCGGCACCAAGCAGUGCCGGCAUAGUGUGGCCAUCAUGCCCAUUCCCGGGAGCCUUUCCUCCAGCAGCCCCGACCUGCUGCAGCCCGCCUCCAGCGUGCUGGACUUCUCCAACCCUGCAGCCUUGGGACUCUACUACAUCCCUGAUCAGGUGAUCCGGGUGUUCAAGGCCGACCAGCAGAGCUGCUACAUCAUCAUCAGCAAGGACACCACGGCCAAGGACGUGGUGUCCCACACGGUCAACGAGUUCGGCCUGCUGGCCUCGCCCGAGACCUACUCCCUGUGCGAGAUGUCGGUCAGCCCCGAGGGCGUCAUCAAGCAGCGGCGGCUGCCCGACCAGCUCUCCAAGCUGGCCGACCGCAUCCAGCUCAACGGCAGGUACUACCUGAAGAACAACAUGGACACGGAGACCCUGUGCUCGGAUGACGACGCUCAGGACCUCCUUCGGGAGAGCCAGAUCAGCCUGCUGCAGCUCAGCACGGUGGAGGUGGCGGCGCAGCUCUCCAUGAGGGACUUCGAGCUCUUCAGGAACAUCGCCUCAACCGAGUACGUGGACGACCUGUUCAAGCUGGACUCGCGCUCCGGCAGUGGCCACCUGAAGCAGUUUGAGGAAGUGAUCAACCAGGAGACCUUCUGGGUCGCCACGGAGAUCCUGAAGGAAGGCAACGCGCUGAAGAGAAUGAAGACCAUUAAGCACUUCAUCAAGAUUGCCCUGCACUGCCGGGAAUGCAAGAACUUCAACUCCAUGUUUGCCAUCAUCAGCGGCCUGAACCUGGCCCCAGUGGCCCGUCUCCGGGCAUCCUGGGAGAAGCUGCCCAGUAAGUACGAGAAGCUGUUCACGGACGUCCAGGACGUGUUCGACCCCUCGCGGAACAUGGCCAAGUACCGCAACGUGCUGAGCAGCCAGAGCAUGCAGCCUCCCAUCAUCCCCCUGUUCCCUGUGGUCAAGAAGGACCUCACCUUCCUGCACGAGGGUAACGACUCCAGCGUGGACGGCCUGGUGAACUUUGAGAAGUUGCGGAUGAUCGCCAAGGAGAUCCGCCAUGUGGUGCGCAUGACCUCCGCCAACAUGGACCCUGCCCUUAUGUUCCGACAGAGGAAGAAGAGGUGGAAGAGUUUAGGGUCCCUCAGCCAGGGCAGCACCAACUCCAACAUGCUGGACGUGCAGGGCGGCGCCCACAAGAAGCGCGUGCGCCGCAGCUCGCUGCUCAACGCCAAGAAGCUGUACGAGGACGCGCUCAUGGCGCGCAAGGUCAAGCAGUACCUGUCCAACAUGAGCGUGGAGACGGACGAGGAGAAGCUCCAGAUCCUCUCCCUGCACUGCGAGCCCUCCUACAGCACCCUGUCCAAGAGCCUGAGCGAGCGGCGCUCCACCAAGUCGGACAUGUCCCCGGUGUCCCUGCGCUCUGCCCUGCCCUCGGGCAAGGCCCAGAACCGGGUGUCCCAGGUCCUGCAGGUCCAGGUGCCACUGUACCCACUGCGCAAGAAGAGCACCGCCAAGGACCUCAACACGCCCAGCGCAGCGUCCCCCCAGGUGGUGAAGAAGCCCCCGGUGAGCACAGCAGACGAGUGGAGCUCCAAGAGGCCUUGUGAGGACACGGUGUCCACGGUGUCCUCGCUCCACUCCAGCCCCACUGUGUCCCCACAAGGCUCCCCGCGCAAAGCAGGUGGCGUGGCCAAGUCCCACAACUCCAGCCAUAUGAACCUGUCGGGCUCCUCGUCCUCGCUGACCAGCGACGCCAGCACCAAGGCGGGCACGGCAAGCCUGCGCAGCUACGGCAUAGGCUAUGCUCUGCUGCCGGCCGGUAAGGCAGACAGCCUGUCGGACUCCAGCCACAGCGAGAUCUCCUCGCGCUCCAGUAUCUGCUCGGUGGACUCCAUGCUCACGCCCGGCCCCGACGACAACAGGUGUCACGGCAGCCGCUCCGCCAUCACCACGACGACGACGGCCCCCGUGGCUGCCACCGGCGUAGCCAUGGUUGAGAGCAGCAGCAACAACAGCAGCUGCUCCAACACCACCACCACCACCCACCACCAUGCUGCCUUCGCCGCGCGGACGGGCGGACAGGACUACGGUCAUCCUUGCACAAGCUCCCCCUCACCUCUGGCCAGCAGUCGUCUGGGCCCUCCCUCCGCCUGCUCCUCUGCGGCGGGGGAGGACCCCGGCCUCCCUGUGUUGGACAGCGGGCGCGGCAGCUGGACCUCCAGCUCCUCCACCUCCCACGACUCCUUCCCCAGCCUCCCCUUGUCGUCCUGCCGGCCCUGGGACCACGGCACCCACCCCGCCCCGGCCCUGCUGGCCUCCGGCUACCGCUACCCCCAGGCGCCGCCGCCGGGCCCCGGGUCCGAGGCGGAGGCGGGGGCAGGGGGCCACGCGCGCCACGGCAGCAGGGACUCUGAGUCCAGCGGCGGCGGCUACGGCGGGCGCUCGCGGCAGAGCUGGGCGUCGUCCGGCUCGCUGUCGGACACCAACGAGGGGAACUACGGCACGGUGAAGCGCCGCAACGCCUCCGGGAACCCCCCCUCGCCCGCAGACGAGGAGGGGGCCGGGCCGGGCGCAGACCCCGCCUACAAAACGGUGACGUCGAGCACGGACAAGGGCCUGAUAGUGUAUUGCGUGACGGCGGGGGGCGGCAGGGACGAGCGUUACCAUGCCCCUCCUCCCACCCCUCCAGGCUACCAGGGGCUGGCCCUAGGGGACCUGGGGUACUCGGACCCGCCCCCGCGGCCCCCCAACCUCAAGCCGCCCGAGUACAGCGUGGCGCUCCAGAGGAGCAGGCUGCUGCACAGCCCCGGGGUGGGGGGGGGGGGGCUGGCCGCCAGCCUCCAGCACCACCACAGCCACAGCAACAGCAACCAGCACCGGGACACGGGGCGGUCGCCGGGGGCCGCCGCCGGCCUGGGCUGCUCCAGACCGGUUAGCAUCUGCCUGCCGCCGCCGCGCCUGGGCCUCGCAGACAGUGAGGAUGAUGAACAGGUGUCGGCCGUGUAGGGGUGGCCUCAUCGCAGCACACAGAGCACCUGGGCCCCUCCCGUGGUGUACGGGCUUACGGAGCUAGCUGCCCCACGUCUGGCCAGAGCACACUUUCCCCCCCUGGCCGGCCUUCAUUCAACAGCCACACACGGACCCACACUGCCCUGGACUCUGACUCCCUCCUGGAUGAACUUCACCUCGCUUCCUAACGUCAAAGCACCACCCAAGGAGAUUGUCGAUAUUACAGCUCCACACAGCCUUGUGCAAGCCAUGUACAAAUGGAUUAUUUUUAUACUUGGUAUUCAUUUUAAAGACUUGAUUUUGAGUGAGGACAUUGAUCAAAGACUGGACAAGGGUUGGGACUCGUCUGCGGGACAACGGAGAGGGACUGGUUGCAGCCCGCUGGACUCUUGGGUUAAAUGUCAGGGGUUGGGUUUGGUCUUAGCAGUCCAGAGUGCUUUUUAUGGGGCAAGCUACAGUGUGUUAUUGUUAUUCAGUAUUUCGGUGGUCGGCUUUUUUGUGUUAGCAGUUUACUUGAACAUAAAGCAGCCUGAGAAAUCAUAGCUGGGCUUUACGUCGCGUUCACAACAGUCUUUUGGUUGGAUUUUUUGCUCACCGUUAUCAGCAAGCGGCUGUUCUACAGAAAGAAACCUAGCGUUUUGCUAGAGGUGAUCUCUUAUAAGAUUUAAUAUUUCCUAAAUUAAGGUAGAAUCAUAUAUAGUUUUUAAGCGGCUUUUAUAUAAUCCAAAGUUGUGAUGAUCACCAUGCUACAUUUUUUAAUUAGGUAAACCUGUCAAACCAUAGUUUCUGUUUCUUAAAUGGUUUUGCUACUUCUGGCAGAAAGCAGAUUUAGCGAGCCUGUCUUUAAAGAAAAUCGAAUGUAUCUGCUGUCCAAUCUCCAGGCAAUAAGUUUGCCUCAAGAUGCCACGUUUUAAACGUUUUGAAAAGAACAGUAAACCUUUGACUAUAGGCCCCGAUGUCAAACUGUUAAAGCCAAAAACAGAAGCUGCUGAUGGACGUUGGUCGAAACAAAUGAAAACCACAUUCAAUUUGAUUAGAACUGGCAAAAGGCUUUAUCACCACUGUGAUACUCGCACUGUUUACUGUAGCCACGACAACUGGAGGCCAUCCAACCCAAGAGACGCCAGCGGACCCUAUGCUUACUUUAACGUGUGUGUGCGUGUGUAUGUGUGUGUGUGAUUGUGUGUGUGUUAUUGUGGAGCACUUAAUUACUUGUUAAGCUUUAUGAAAAAGGACAGCAGAGGGGGUCCUGGUGAUCCUGUGAGUGUCCCGCAUCCCGGUCUCUCUGGGGGUCUCCGGACGUCCCGUCAGAAUAGCUAUGGACCUCUUUAGCAGCAUGUUGCAUGUCAUGUCGAAAGAGCCGACCCAAAAACGGCACAUUAACUCACUUUCAGCGAGCUUGGUAACAAAACAUGUGCUGCGAUUUCAGUUGAUCAUUGUUAUUAGGUGAGCAUCGUAUACACACACUCACCCGCCAAGCUUUACAUGGCACGCUUUAAGACACAGGAAUGCCUUUUUUAACAGCCAACAUUGUUUAUGCUGAUGUUGACGUGUUUUGUUUACAUUGUUAUAGGAGACUAGUAGCUGUCUUUUAUUUGUUCUUUUUAUUAUUACAGGCAGACAUUUAUUGAGCUCCAAUGCUCUGGCGUAAGGCCACCUUGGUUCAGUGCAGUUGUAUGAUUCAUCUUUUACUAGAGAAGCUUAAGGUUCAACACUUCGACGGUGUUGACUAGCUUAUUGUCGAUUUAUAACACAAAAAUGGAAUUACCUGCCAUCAAAGCAGGACAUUUAUUUUUUAAUGUACGGCAUGCAACCCCCUCAUUCCUUGUUAAUGAUCACCCCGUCCUUAAAAAAAGGAGAAAAUAAUAUGUUUUGUAAAAUAUUUUCAAGGAUUUGCUGGUAUUGGAAGCUCAGGCUUGUAUGUGGAUUAGUGGUAAUGUGUAAGCCCCUGCUUAGAGGGGUGUGAUUACACAGGGACAGGAAACCGGGGCAUUGUACCUAUAUCAAAGUUAAAGCGGUGUAUUUAACUGGAAUGACACUGCAGCUGUCAGUUUCUCUCUAUCACGUUUUUUUAUACAAUAUUGAUUUGCCAUUCAAAAACUUGAACUGAUUAAUGCUAAUAUAUAAACUGCAUAUAUAUAUAUCUAUAUAUCUAAAUAUAGAUAUAUAUAAUUACGGAUGUUUUUUUUCUUCAAUAAAUUAAUUGAUUAUGUAUAGAUGAGCAACUAUUCUAAUGUAAAGGCUAUUUUAAAUAUUUUUAGAAUAGAUACAAGAGAAUUUGAGGUUGUGAUUGCCCCAUUUCUGUCUACGGCAGGAAUCUUAAGUUUUGUUAUAUUCUGUUGUUUUUAGUGCUGUUGACUUAUUUAUAUUCUCUUCGUCAAGCAUAUUGCUUUGUGUACAAUGUAAUUGCUGCUGCAUUUUUGAGAUUUUUACUGCCUUGAGUUUUGUGUAGAUGCACAAGUUUAUUUUUUAACAUGUUUUAUUGGACCGAGUGAAACAAAAGAAAAAAAAGAAUGGGAUGUACUCAAUACCCAACCCAAAUGUGUGUGAUUGGUUCUGUAGCACAAGAACGUCUAUAUCAGAUUCUGAGUAGAUGACUGAGAACCGUUUUCUAGAGCUUGUUUUACCCUGUUUGUCUGAGAAAACCCAGACCAAAGUCUUCUCUCCCUCUCUUUCUCGUGCUCUAUCUCUAUCAGGGGUUGCAGAUUCUGUCACUUUAUUAUUAUACUUUUUUCCACAACAAUUAUCCUCAUUUGUGCAUUGUGAAUCAGUAUUAUAUUCUGUUGUCGUUUAGACAGACGAACAGAGCAACAGUGUUUAUGCUUGUGUCAACCGCAAAAUAGAAAAGUAUGUUGCCAACCAUUGUCAAAUUUGUAGGGGGGAAUCAUGACAUGCCUUUGGAUCAUCACCAAUAUAGUUGACGUUUUACAUACAUUUUAUUUUUUUUGCCCCACAAAUGAAUUGUUUGAUGCUUGAUACUUGCAUGUCAACUUUUUUUCCUCUGAGGGCCCCUGUUCUUGUACAGGAAGUGUUAGUGUGGCCACCAUCAAAGUUCUGUCUCUUUAAGAAUGGAUUAACCCACUCUGGGCAUAGACACCAUCUUAUUUCACUCCCUUGGGGGUAAACUUGGUUUUGAUCAAGGAAUGUAGGACUAUUAAGUGAAAUAAUAUAUUCUGACAAUCUCAUGGGAGGCACAUGUCACAUGUCCCCAUUGUAAUCUCGAGCAAAGUGGGUCAACAUAGGGUUUUUGGUCACUGGUCAUCCAUUCUUAACCUUUACAUUUUUCAUCCAUUGAAUUCCUUUUGGAGAACGGUAGAAAGCAUUCUGUUUCUUCUUGUCUGUUUAGUUUUCCUUUCAGAGUACUCCAAAUAAGAUAUGUAUAAAAUGAUAACAGAAAUGGCCUACAAGUAGUUUCUACCCCAAACGAAACACUCUAGAGGUGAAACUGUGUGAGACAGAAAAUGGUAGAGACCUCUGCCCAUUCAUGAGCUAUGCGUCAAUGCGUUACAUGUCUCCCUUCUUCUGCUCAACAUGAUGACCUGGGGUAUGUCUUCCCAAGCCCCGAAGCUGCCAGUGUUACCGUUUUGUAAACAUGGAUUGGAGAGACUUACACACCCAGCCACAGCAAUACAUUUCUAUUCAGAGAUGAACUUGGACUGUGUGAACUGGCCCUGUAUUUCACCCAGCGGUAUAACUUUGGUCUUUUGGCUUGCUUUUGGUCUCACCAUUCUUGUAGCUGUCGUACCUUAUGUCUUUUAGAAAGACGUGAUUUUGUUUUUGGUUUGUAUGCUUUUUAUGUAUUUUUACUUGUGAUUGUAAAUAGUUAUUUUGUCGAAAAGAAUGUGUAAACAAAGGAAAAUUACUUUUAUUUCUCCAAGUCUACUGAAAUGAAUUUGGACAAUGAAUAAAAUGUCAAAAUAAAAUGCCUGUGAGUAUUUGUGACAAUGGAGAGGUAAACUGUGGCAUGUUUCGAGCUCUGUGACGACGGUUGUAGUUCAGUUUCUGCUUUUGUCUGUAUGCCUAUUCAGUUCUUUUUAGACUGUUCAUGUCUGUCCAGCCCGGGUUAAGCUGAGAUGGGAUGACAGGGACAGGUGUUCUAAUAUUUCUGCCCAUGAGGAGCUCUGCUGGACUGUUUCCGAUCGACAGAGGAGCGGCGCGGUAGGCCAUGAGGCCAAGGUAAGGGUCACUGGAUUUCUUCAGGAUACCCUUGAUUGUCCUAACGGCCCACUCUGCCUCACCGUUGCUUUGUGGGAAGUGGGGGCUGGAUGUAACAUGGCUGAAACCCCACUCUCGUGCAAACUUUCAGAAGUACUCGGAUGCAAAUUGUGGCCAAUUGUCUGAGCGCACCAUAUCUGGUAUAUGCCAUGACGUGCAAACAUGGAUUUGAGGUGCUCCACCACCGCCUCAGAUGUUGUAUAAGUGAGUUUGGCUACUUCAAAGAAUCUGGAAAAGUAGUCUACAAUGACCAGAUAGUGCUUAUUAUUUUCUGUCUGAAAUAGAUCUGCCCCCACAGUGGACCAUGGUCUUGCUAGGAACUCUUACUGGGAAUACAUCACAGUUCUCUAUCAGUUGUGUCAGGUCUUUGCUAAGGCCUGGCCAAAACACAGAUUGCUUGGCCCUCUCUCUGCAUUUAGUGAGUCCCAGGUGGCCCUCAUGCAGUUUGUUCAGCAUUUUUGCUCUAAGUGACACUGAUAUUACUAUUCUACAGCCGUAA